CAAAUUUAUCUUCUUCAAAUUUCUGUACAAAUCAAAUCUCAGUCAUGUCACAUUAAGACUUUGUUAAUAUUGGAACCUCCUAAAACAAGAUAGCCAACAAUCAGCGGCUAUGUAUUGCACCAUAACAGAGAAAAACUAUCUAUCAUCUUUUUAUUUAGAGUAGCCAUGUAUGUAUUUGAUAAUAGAGUGAACAAAUUCCAUUUUAUUUUCGUUAGCACUGUAACUAAAUAUGAGAAAAGUUCCUGCAUAUAAAGCAGCUUUGUUUACAUGGUAAACCAUGUAUGAAAUGAUGAUCAGUCAAAACUGAUUCAUAUCCAUUGAGCAAAAAGUGCAUUCAAGUACUCCUUACUCAUUGGUCAUUGUUACCAAAAUGAAAUUAUGGUGCCUCAAGUAAAAGGCCAAAACCCCAUACAUAAGAAUCUUUAGUUUGUAGUUCUCUCUCUCUGGCUAUGUACUUUACAUACACAAAGUUGAUAAACAUAAACAUUACCACGACCAUCACACUUUCCCUCUUUGACCGUGAGUUUGGCGAAGCCCCAAAGCCCACCACAUCCACCCACUUUCAUGGAAACAUGACGACAUCGAAGGCAGCUUUGGCUCGUUAUCUGGCGCUGUGCUCAACCUAUCCCCCACCGUUGUUGGUGCUGGUAUGCUUGUGCUGUACACAGGCGUAUGGUGGCCUUGGUCGGAACCUCUUGUUGCUUUGCUUCAUCAUAAACAACGUUGCAAUGCUGGUCGUGGACAUGGUUAUCAUAGGUGAUGUGUUCUCAAGAUCAUGUUCAGGAGUGCACAACUCAGGGGUUGUGGAAGAAUGGUUUGAUCAAUGCUGGUGUCUCUUGCAUCAUUCAGUUCAUACUAUAAUGAAUUCAAAGAUCCUUCCCAAAUGAAGGCCAUAGUCCGAACAUUACUGUGCUCAUCUGUGUACACAGUAAUCAAUCACCCUUUUUGGUUUCUUAUGUGGGGACAGAACAAUGGGUGAUAUAUACCAGCGAACUUUGAAGGAGAUCUUGGAGUAGGAAGCAAUACCCAUAAAAUUCUCAGGGACAAAAACGGAAUUGAAUAAAAUGAUAGGAUGCGAGAAGCAAUUGCUAAAUUAGUUUGAAGGUGUUGGGUGUAGUAGAUGUGUGGUGCUUGCGUUUAACAGAAGCAAAUUUUUAUGCAAAUUCAACCCUUCUGAUUACUCACUAAAUAAAAUUUUGCUGUAGAGUAUAGAUUUACUACUUAUUUUAAAUAUAUUUUCAAAUGUGUUCGUGAUUAUUAGAUAAGAAAAAAU